AUGGCCAAGGUUUUGGACGACCCACGCUGGAAAGAAGUCAAGAAGGUGGUGGCAUGUGUAUCAGCCAUGGGCGGUGCAAAGUGGGAAGGGGACAGGUUCGAGAUCGACAAAUCUGCCGCCAAUCACGUGUUCGAUUUGCCGGCCGCCGAACGGGUGUACUCUGCACUCCAGCAGGAGAUUGACAUGCACUUUGUCGUACUCAGUCGGUUUGCUGCUGGGUGCUGCCAGAUGCCUCGUGGCGCCCUCGACGGGUCGGACCACCCCAUGGCCCUUCGCUUCAAGCGGGUUUCGGAGCCUGGAUUGCAGAAGCUGUGGGAGCGAUCACACCGCAGCCUCGAGGAACGCGAGGCCCUCAAGGACGCCCUGCCCGCCCGAUGCGACAGCGCGUGGUUCAGGUCCACCUUCCUGGAGGCCGCCGCGCCCGCGGCGCUCGGCCCCCAGGAUGCCAUCUGGAGAUACGUCAAGGGUUUCAACGAGUACGACGCUCUGGCGGUAAUCGCCGGGGUGGCGGCGUCUCACCCUCCGCUCCUCGACGAGUUCUUCGACGUCCAGCGCUGCCCCGUCUCCGGGAUGAAGGUGAUCGGGUCGGACGCCGAGCGCCACUGCGUCGCAAAGCCGAGCAGCGCCAGCGAGCUCCUCCACGACUGCUUGAUCCAGUCCUUCAUGGGCCGACUCAGGGUAGGCAGCACUAUUGGGGUUAAGCACAACGUCGAUGAGUGGGGCACGUUCAUGCUCUUCAGGCAGCUGCGAUCUAAAGGUCCCGACACAUGGGUCGUGUGCGACCAGGCCACGAGCACCAAAUUCCUGGAGCUCAGUUUGCCCCAGGGGCUGGAGGGCCAGACUUGGAGGCUGCUGAAGACUGCGGACGAGCCACUUUGGGAGCAUCCGCGUACUUCUGUCCCGUACAGUUGGGUCAACGGCAUGGCAAACAGCCCUCUGAUUGGUGACUCGGUCUGGACCUCCUUGCGAGAGGCAUUCGAACCAAGGCAUGGAGAUGUCUGGUUGCCAGGCCCGCACGGGACUGGCAGAGCCUCGGUGCACGCGGCCAUCAUUGCAUUGAAAGGAUCUGGUCGGAUGGACGACGUUGACAUGGGUAAGCCACAUUUUGUGGAAAUGGCGGUAACCCAGGGUCGGGUUUCUCUGGAAGAGUUCAACAGUGAGGCGCUGGAACCUCACGAGCGCGUUUUCAAGACGUUCAAUCCCCGAUUGAGUUUGCCUGUAAAGCCGUGGCCGGGCUGGCUACCUGCAGGCAUCAAGGUGGUGAUCGUCGCAAGGGAUCCACGAGACGUCUGUUGCAGCACUUACAGAUUUAUCGAGACAGCGCAGUGCAAUCGCGACCUCCCCUUCUCUGAGUGGGUCGACGUUUUCUGCAAGGCUGAGCUCCACCACAUGACCACUGCGGUCAGCACUUACACGGACUGGUGGAGGGCAGCGCAGGCGUGCCCAGACCAGAUCUUGUGGCUAGUCUUCGAAGACAUGCUGCGCGAGCCGGAGAGGACGGUGCGCCAGUUGGCCAGCUUCCUGGGCGUCGACGUGACCGACGAGGUUGUGUUGCACGUGUCCGAGAUCUUCAGAUUUGCAGAGCUGAAGCGGCGCUUCGGCCCCGCUUUAGGACCGCUUCUUCGAACGGGACAGGUGGGCUCUCACAAGGAUUACUUCUCUGCAGAUGACUAUUUAUUCCGCCAGGAGGUGCUCGAUCCGCUUCUCCAUGCGGGGGUUCCGCUGACGCGGGACGUCCAGACCGACGGCGACGAGGCAAUUUCGGUGUCUUGA